AUGGCCAAAUCCAACAGACGUGGGAUACAAACCGGCAGCGACCGUGACAUGAAAGCGAGCGACAUUCAUCUAGAUGAUAUUGCCUGCGUCUGUGGGUGGGUCAGAAGGUCGUCUUUCGGGGCUGGCCUAUUUUGCCAAUUUUACCCAUAUUGCCAGCACUACCGAUUCGGCCAAUCCGCGCUCGUCUCCUUCCCAAAGGGGGUGGGCCGCGCAGGGCCCUCGGCUUUGUGUUUCUUCGGUGACACAACCGCAACCUCCGCGGCGUCCAAGGGACGAUUGCCGGGCUGGAAAAACUCUGUGCAAUUAGCAGCCAUGGCCAGUGUCACUCCGGACGCCUGCAGCGCGAGGGAAACAGGGAACCAACAAUGCCAUCCGCCGGGAUCCCCAAUGCCACGGCAAGCCAAGUCUGGUUCCUGGAACGCCUUUCCGAAGUCCAAGUCGGAAGGCUCCUAG